GUCUCUCUCAUUUUCCGAAUCGGAUCGCCAUAUUGCUUCUUCCUAUACCACACCCAGGCGAGCCGAUUAGGAGGAUAGUGGACUCAAAAUAGGGUCUAAUAUUGACCCUUUUUGUAGCCCAUUACCUCAAAAAAGCCAAAUGGAACUAGAAAAUAUUGUUGCAAACACCGUCUACAUCAAAGCCAGGGAAGGUGGUGGUGGAAAGCGGAAGGGAAAAAGCAAAAAAUGGAAACAAAUUUUGAAAUUUCCCCAUAUAACUGGGUGCAUGGAUAUAAAAAAUAAAAUUUCUCAGUCGUAUCACUAUAUUGUGGAACAACAGCCCAUUGGACGCGAAUUGUUCCGUAUGUACUGUUCUCGAACACCCACACUUGCCAAAGCCAUCAGUUUCCUAGACAUGGUGAAUGAUUAUGAAGUUGCACCAGAUGAAAAAAGACCUACAAAGGCCACCGAAGUGUUUGAAAAAUAUCUUAAUUCAAAGUCUCCAGACUAUGUCAGUCAAAUAAAUGGUAAUCACGUGACAGCCAUCAAAGAGUCCAUAUCGGACAAUUCAUCAGGGAAGGAACUGUUUAGUACAUGUACACAGAUAAUUUUAGAAUAUUUACAUGGAGAGCCAUUCAGAGAGUUUUUAGAUAGUAUGUAUUCUAAGAGGUAUCUACAGUGGAAAUGGCUAGAAGGACAACCCGUAACCAAAAACACAUUUCGGAUGUACCGGGUUUUGGGGAAGGGUGGGUUUGGGGAAGUGUGUGCAUGUCAAGUGAGGGCUACUGGUAAAAUGUAUGCAUGUAAGAAGCUGGAAAAGAAAAGAAUAAAGAAAAGGAAUGGAGAGAGGAUGGCUCUCAAUGAAAAACAAAUUCUACAAAAAGUUAAUUCACGGUUUGUUGUUAGCUUAGCCUAUGCAUUUGAAACCAAAGAGGCAUUAUGUCUAGUAUUAACUCUGAUGAAUGGGGGUGACCUCAAGUUCCACAUCCAUAAUAUGGGGAACCCCGGAUUUGAGGAGGAGCGGGCUGUCUUCUGUGCAGCAGAGAUCACAUGUGGUCUUGAGGACCUCCAACAGAAGAGGAUUGUGUACAGAGAUUUGAAACCUGAAAAUAUUCUCCUGGAUGACUUUGGUCACUUAAGAAUUUCUGAUCUGGGACUUGCGGAGGAGGUACCAGAUGGGGAGACUAUUAAGGGACGUGUUGGAACAGUAGGGUAUAUGGCUCCAGAAGUGGUGAAGAACGAACGGUACUCCUUCAGCCCAGACUGGUGGGGACUGGGCUGUAUUAUAUACGAAAUGAUCGAGGGCAAGAGUCCAUUCCGGGCGAGAAAAGAAAAGGUGAAGCGUGACGAGGUAGAUCGUCGUGUAAGGGAGGACAGGGAGGUGUACUCAUCCAAAUUCUCAGACGACUGCAGGGAUAUCUGUACUCAGCUUUUACAAAAAGAUCCUAACCUGAGACUGGGUUGUACCUGUGGAAAAAACGGUGCCAAAGCGGUGAAAAGCCAUCCAUUCUUCAAAACGAUCAACUUCCGACGGCUACAGGCUGGUGUGUGUGAUCCACCCUUCGUGCCAGAUAGGAGGGCUGUAUACUGCAAGGAUGUCCUUGACAUUGAGCAGUUCUCCACGGUGAAGGGAGUCAACCUUGACCCCAGCGAUGACCGGUUUUAUAGCAAUUUUAGUACUGGAAGUGUGUCAAUCCCUUGGCAGAAUGAGAUGAUUGAGACCGAGUGUUUCAAGGAGUUGAACACAUUUGGCGAGAACGACAGUCCCCCUCCUGAUCUGAUGGAGAACCAACCACCUCCUCCUCACCGCACUGGACUCCUUGACAGGAUCUUCAGGCGACAGAGGCAUCGAGACACCCACUGACGACUAAGAAAUACAGUGCACCGUCAUGUUUGUUGUGAAGUAAUGGUACCCUGAAAAGUGUACCUUCUGCAAUUUCAUCGUGAUACCCAGUGACAGCUGGAACACUUGUGAUGAGGGUACCAUUGUGAAUGUAGAAGUUUUGUUGUAGACAACAGGGCAUCAUUGAAAGUGAUGACGUUAAAUGUUUAAUGAUACGACUGACCCAGAAUUUGUAUGGGAACAGACUAGAGUUUAUCGUCAGUAGUCUCCCCUGUAUAGAAUCGUGCAGCUACACUUACGACACACUCCCCCGUGGCUUCAUGUCAAGGUUAUCCAGAAUCCUCUGGUAUUGACAGAACACUACUCCCUGCAGGCCAGUACUAGUAUUUUUAGAUCAGCCAUGGGCAUUUGAGGUGAUUUCAUCAAACCACCCUAUCGUUUAAAUGUCUUCGUGAAUUUCAUUGGAUGAGAGAACUAUGUCUUAAAUUUUUUUUUUAAAUUCUAUGAAUAUAUGAAGAAAAGAAAUAAUCAAGUUUAGUUAAAUUAAAUUUUGGGUGUACAAGUUGAAGUCCUGGAUGGAUAUGAAGAUGGGAACAUCUUUCACAAGCGUCCACCAUGUUGGGGAAUUUCAUUGUAGGAGGAUAUCUAUUGUUGCUUAUUGGUGGGUGCAACGAUGAAUUUCAUUAGUGAAAUGGACAUGUAUUGUUGUAUUUUGGGGACACAGUCCUCGCCAGUGUAGUUAAGUAUAGAGCCCAGUAUGGGUAAUGUAUUCUAGUCUCCCGUGUGAUACGGACUUUCCGUGUGAGGACUCGAACCGCAGUGUGCGUGGAAGAUGUGUCAAUAUCGACACUGCUCUGACUUGCCAUGAAUUGUCUCCCUUAGGUUAUCGUGAUAUGGCGCAUACAAGGUAUAUAGUGAGAAGUAUAAGGAUAUAUAUUUGUUUUUUGUUUUUUUUUAAUUACUGAGACAUGAUAUUGUGUCAUCUGUACAGUAAAACCUGUCAUAUUCAAUAUCACAGUAGGGAAGAGCUCCUCGAUAAAUAUAAUUUUGAGUUUCUUCAUUAAAUAUCAGUGGGUUAAAAUUCCUGAAAAAGUGAGACUAUGUAUACAUUUAAAGUAAAGUUUAUUUUAAUUUUAGUACAUUGGUACAAAGGAUAGAUCUAGCUGACUACACUUUGUAUUCAAAGUUGAUGAUGUACAUGACUUGCUUUGUAAGGUCUCUCGUUAUUGAAGGGCCUUAAAGUAGCCAUUUAUCUAGUUUAUCGCAUUUAAACCAAAGGUAGAAAGUGAAACGUUUGGUUUUACACAGUAAACAAAUUAAUGGGCAAUUUUUUUAUUUUCGAGAAUAAUUGAACUGGAAAUCAAUACUAUUUUUAACCUAAACCAAUUUUUGUAAAGUUUACUGUGAUGUAACUAAGAAGGGAGUAUGACAGGUUUUUUUCUGCACAUUUAAAAUGUUGUUUUGUUUCGUUAAUUUUGUUCAUUGAUUGAUAAAACAUGAGAUGUUCUUCAUGGUCGUAUAUGAGUGUGUGUUACAGACAUACAUUUGUACCCACUGUUGUUAUAAUAAUGCAUGUUUUAGAGAUUAAUGGGGAAAAACAGUACAAUUUUUCUAAGACUAUUUUUUGUGUAUUGAACUUAGUGCUGUGACAAAAGGAUACUUGUGGUAUUGUUUCUGGGAACCUUGACAGCAGUGGUGUGUGUGUAUGUUUUUGUUUAUUGAAUAGUAUUUGUAUUUUUACAGUUCUUCAUAUUAUGAUUUGUAGUAUAGACAAAAACUCAUCCUCCAUCAUUGUAACCUGUUCCUUCAUUGCAAAUGUGGUUUUAUUAAUUUGUUAAGCUCCGUUCAGUCUUUGUGAUGUCUGAUAAAAAUUAUGGAUCCUGCUACCUCAUCCCUUGUGAGUCUCCACUGGUAAACAUUCAGAAUAAAUAAAUCAAGCCUGUCUUGCACUGUGAAACCUGUCCAAUCAGACUUUUGUUUAAUCUGGUAUCCUGUCUAAUCUGGCCCCUGAGUAAUCUGAAUUUUUAAAAUAUUCAAACGUUAUGUUUACAUAUUUUGUACCUAAUAAGUGCAAUGUUUGCUGAUGAAAACACAAGUGGGGUGUGCUUAAUGAAACUAUUUACAGUAAAAAUUUCCAUUUGAUAUCCAGUUUUGGGAAAAAACAAAUAAAAAAGAUUGCUUCUUUCAGUUCUCAGGAAAUUUUUGUAAAAGACUGGUGAUUUUAAGGACAAGUCGAUGAGGUUAACAACCCUUUUUUAGUGUUUUAUUUAAAUGCACCCUUCACUUUCUAAGAAUUUUUUUUGAUACCUCGUAAGUGAAAUUGUACUUACUAUGUUGACUACAAUAAUAGGACUCACUGAGUAUUCUGACUCACUGAGUAUUCUGACUCGCUGAGUAUUCUGACUCGCUGAGUAAUCUGAAAUCCUGUCGAAUCCCAUUUCUAAUGAAAACUGGAAAAAAACCCCGUAAAUUUCUGGUAUUCCAAAGGUUAGUAGAUAAGCCAGGUUUCACUUGAGCAAUUUUUCUUUUUCUUAUUAUUGUAGUUAGGUUUUAGACAAGCUUCAGAUAAUAGGAAAUGGUUUUUGAUAAGUUGAAAAGAUCUCGAAUAUUAAUUGCAGAUUGUCAACUUAAAAUACUAUAGAUAAUUGUUUAUUUUUAUAAAAUCUGAUUAUUGGCAAAGUGCAUGAAUUCCAGAUAGUCAUAUUUAUAUACUGAAGAUUUCUGCAGUUGCCAUGCAGAUUUUAAAUAAUCAGGGAUGUAAAAUUUAAUCUGUUAAAGUUUGGUUAUAAUUCUCAAUUUUUUUUUUAAAGAAAAUGAGGAUUUCAGAUUAAAGCCUCUUAUUAUUGGCAAAGUAUUUUAAAUAUUAUUGUGAGUAUACACACUUGAUACUGGAUAGUAAUUUUUUGCAUACAUGCACACCCUACAUACAUACAUUACUGAUGACAGCUGGCCUUGCAUCAGACACUUGUAUAUUACAACAUACUAUUACUGAUAUGUUGGCUUAAAACCAGUGAUGCUGGCAUAUGCUCAAAAGUCGUGUAUAAUAAAGCUGGUCUUUUGUCAAAAGCUGGACUUUUCCCAAAGAAACAGUAAAAAAUAAAGCUGGACUUUUAAAGAAAGCUGGUCUUUACACAUGCUUGAGAGAAAACUGUUUUUUUUUUUUUUUUUUUUUGAGCUGGUCUCUCUACAAGCAAAUUCAAAUCCAACAGAUUACUGUUAUGAACAAAACAGGUAUAUGCAUAAGCAUUAUAGUCAUUAAUUUUUGCUCCCAGGUGACAGGUUCUGAGAAAAAUGUACCGGUAUAUAGUCUCCUAUGAAAAGGUUUUAUUUGGUACCAGAUGGCAAGAAAGGUUUAAAAUGAAAUCUUGCCUUUUUUCCCCCUGAAAUUACUGGGUAUAUAUUUUCAAUGAGUUCCACCCUUGCUGAUGGUUGUCGUAGUAGCACAUUACUUACAAAUGUUGAUUUCUCACUUAAAUAGGAUGUUUAUAUCUUUAAGACGCCUUUAAGUUUUCAUUUUUUCCAUCGUGUUGUUAUUUGCCUGUCAAUAAUGCAAGAAUGGUUUUGAAGUUUAAUCAGUUUAUAAGAAAUUUUCAUUGAGGCUAUAAAGUCUUCCAUUUGUUUUGCAAAUUUUUUUUUUAUUUUAUUUUUUUUUAUUGUGACUUCGUUGAUCAUGAUAUGAAAAUUAGAGAUUUGAGCACAUUGUUAAAAUGCACACAAAAUCACAUCAUUUUACAUGGGACUAAAUGUCCUAAGCACAUUUGAAUUUUUUUUAGUGCUUUGCAGGAAAUAACAUUUCAAACUCACUUUUGAAAAAAAAACAAUUUGUUAUUGAAUAUUUAGAAGUAUAACCUAUUUGGAAGUUUAAACCAUCGGAAAAUAUUAAAAUCAAUGCAUUUGAUGAUAUCCAUUAUAGUUUUGAUUCUUACAGUUAAGAAUAGAAACAUGUUAUCGCAUGAAAUGAAUUUACACAAAGGAAAUUAUGAAGUAAUAUUUGCAUCUAUGAAGAUGUUUCCACAUUAGUGAUUUACCUCAGUAAAUGUUGCUAUUCAAAUGGGAUAGAAGCAUAGAUAGGGUGGUGAAAAUUUGAUUACUGGUAUAUUUUGUAAUGGUGUAAAAAGCGUUAUCAGUAAAUUUUUGAAAGUAGUGCCUACAUGCAUUAGCCAACUACUAAAUCCUGUGUUGAUUGAGAUGCAGCUGGUCUGCCAACACACAAUACAGUGAUCCCGAUACAAAUAUUUAUUGUUGAUAUGUGAGAAAUCUUCUUCAUUUUCAAGUUAGGACACGAAAAUGAAAACCUUAAUCAACAUUUUGUGUUAAGUGGUGUUUCUUUGAAUUAGCACUGCCUUUUGAAGAUAACUUCCCUGUUUCUGGUCAGUGAGAAAAGUCUUCCUAUACAGAGGCACUAUACAAGUACACAGCAUAACAUAGGGGUUAUAAAUGUGUUCAGAAACUUUGUUAGCAGGAGUCACUAUUGUAUUAUUAGCUGUACCAGACAUCGUUAUUAUAGAAAUGAGGACAUGGCCAUAUCAGGGAUGACUAUUGUAACUGACUGUGUUUUCCUGGAAAGUGCAACACAAUAUUGGGCAAUUGAAAAAGGUCAAAGAAAAAACAUUAUUGAAAUCUUUACCAAUUUGUUAAUGCGGUGGAUAAUGUUAAAUAGUUUUCAAUAGUUUUUGCUCUCAAGCCUCCCCUAUACUCCCUCCCACCCACAUAACUGUUAAGUGUUAAAUCUGUAUUUAUGAAAGAUAUCCCCCAGGGAAACAUCACCAAGUGAUUUACAUUUUCAUGAAUAUUAAUAAGUGUUUUGCAUAAAUAUAUAUCUAUAUUCAUGAUGAGUCAUUUGCAUAUUCAUGAUGAAAUGAUCAUUUGUAUAUUCAUGAUGAAUUAACAUGAUUUGCAUAUUCAUUCAUUAGAAUGAUACAUGUAGUUAUCAAAUCCAUGUUUGUGGGCAUGACCUUUGUGAGUGAGUGACACACUGAUUAUUAUUUGUCCCGCCUCCCCUGAAUCUCUGCCUGUAGCUUGCUGUAGAAUCUCCUCUAUAGAUUGUGUCUUGUUGUAGUUAUAAAUGUUUCAGUGGUUAUUUAUAUCCCAUGCCCCUGUGUUGCCCUUACACAUGUACACGUGUUAAUCUACAUAUGCCACCACCCCACAUGUUCAAAUCACACUUGUUGUUUGUUUACCUAUUGUGCAGAUGUUACUGUAUUGUUACACAUGUGCAAAUAGCACAUGUGCCUUCCAUGUGUCAAAAGGCUCCCCAACUUUAUGCUUGCUAGCAGCUAAGACCUCCCUUUACAAAGUUAUCUGUCAGAUGAAAUCUGAAAUUUUAUUUCCAUCUUAAAUUUUCUUUGGCGGGUGAUAUUCAUUGCUGAUACAGGUUAUUGAAUUCUGGCUCAGCUGUUUCCUGUGAACUGAUUGACCAGUGUUUUGUUAGCGGCCUUGUUUUACUUCCAUUACAGUUGAAAUCGUACUCUGAAAUAAAACAUAUGCCAUGUUACUGUUAAAUUAUAUGAUACUGUAUAGCAAAAUUGAUUCAUUAAAGAAACGAGGGAUGCAAUUUUUUUUUGCACCAGUUGUUGGUAGGCAUUAUUUUUGUUUCAAUUACACACACACAUAUAUAUAUAUAUGUAACCAUUUCUAUAGAGUACAUGUAUAUCUAAAUUAGAGGAAAGUUUAAUUUAUUUCUGUACUGACUAUUAAAUAUUGUUAACAUUUUAGUGACAUCAGACAAAUAAGAAAAUUUAUUUCUUAGUACAAAUGUCAUUUGAAAAAAGAAUGAUCAAAUAUCUAUUUUCCAUUACAUGCAACACAACUUUUAUGUUUUAAAAUGUUGAAACAGACAACUGUACUUUUAGCUUUAACUUUUGUUUUUAAAGUUGACAUGCUGGAAGAUUCAGCUGUACAUGGAUUUAGGAAUCAAAACAAGUUUGCAGUCCUUACAGAAUCAUCAUAAUAGAUUUAGAUUUAAUUUUACACAUGGGGAGUUAAUUGAACAAAAUAACUCAAUAUUUUUCGUCUGAGUUGUAUAUUUUGCUGUAGAAUUGAAAGAUCUGGGCUAAAAAGUGUUGCUGUACAUGUAUAAAGAAGGUUUUAAUCCCCCAGUUUUGUAAUCAUGAGACAAGAAAUAUUGAAAUUAGAAUUUUUUUUAUGGAUUCUAGGACUGGCCAGUACCCAGCAUUGAAUUUCGUCGUUUUUUUUCGAAGUCAGAACCAUAUUUAUAGGUUAUCAAAUUAGGAAUUUGGUGAUGUCAUCUAACUCAACCAACCAAAUAAUCAUUCCUACCAGUAAAUACUUUGUAGGUUUCUUCUAAUGAAACUUUUUCAAAUCGUAUGUCAUGCUAAGGUAGCUUGUGCUCUAAAGGUUGCGGGACAGAGUGUCACCUUUCUAAUUUUAAUGGAAACCUAAUAAUGAAGACUUAUCUCGAUGUUCACAUGCAUUGUGUAGCUAUCUGCUUUAUUGUAGUUCCUUUAAAAAAGAUCAUUCACAAAAUUCAAAAGUGUGUGUCCUGAUUAGGUAAGGUAGCAUACAGCCUUAAGUAUGUAUUGUGAAGUGUGUCAUGAUGAAUUCAUUGCUUGUCGUAUUUCACUGUGAGCCUGACGGACACCAAUUGUAAUAUCAUGACUGAAGUUUGUAACUUGUAUGCGACAUUUUGAGGUUAAACAACUCAGGUAAACACUACAUCUAUGAUGCACACUAAAUGUAAAUUCUGGAUUUUUUCUGAGGAUCUUUCCUAUUUCAACGAACUGCGUUCAGUAUACUUAAUUUUUAGAAAAAUAUGUUUAUUGAAAUAAAACAAAACUGCUUUAUUUUGUCCAAAGUUGAUGUAAACAAGUGCUUGAUCAUUAUCUAAAGUUAGUAUCAUUAAAAUAAAUAUCAUCCCAAAAACUAGACCGUCUUUAGAGACUGUGGAAAUAUGUUAUAGAUAUCUAUAUACUUUAUUACCUGCUGCUGGAAUGGCAUCAAAUUUUUUCUUCAAAAUCCAAUUUUUAUCUUUUGUAUGUAAAAAUCUGGUUUUCACCUGUGAUGAAUGCAAGGGACCAAGUCCUUCGUAGAAGAGGUUGAAAUGAGUAAUGAGAGUUGGCUCCUGUAUUGGAGACUGAUUUUCGGGUGUGUAAUUGGGGAGGGUGGGCUUAAUGUCGGGUAUUGGAUUGUUGUUGGUAAAUUAAUAAUUUCGUGAAAGAAGUGACCCCCUCAUUAGAAAUCAUAGAAUCCAUUAAAUUUGAUUUGUUAUGCUGUAAUUUCUAGAAUUCAUAUUGUAAUUUAUAUCACACUGUUAGAACAUUAACUGUCAUUAUGUGUACAAUGUUUCAUAAAUAACUUAAUUUUUUCCUUUGAUAUAUAUAUAUACAUGUAUAUAUCUUGUUUGUAACACUGAAAUGUGUUUAACAGUUAGAUAUAUUAUACAAAAGUUUCAUUUUUUGUUUUGUUAGGUAUAUCCUUGGCAUUACAAAGCCCGUAAUUGUUCUCAUUUAUAUAAAAAAAAAAAAAAUUUGAUUUUAUAUGGUUUUGUCUGCUAGUAUAACAUAUUAACAAUUAACUGGUUUAAAAUUAUUAUGUUUAUAUGUGUAAUAAUAACAAAAUUUCGUAAAAAAAAACUUGUGUUAUUUAUAUCUACAUAAAUAUUCUCUACAUGUGAUAAACAAUAGGUUGCUGAUAAUGUUUUUUCAUGGAGUUACUACUGUAUAUGUUUCUGUCCAUUAUUAAAAAAAUUAACUGGAUUUUUUUUUCACAGAGAAAUGCUGUACAAAAACAAUGAAAAUCAUGAUUUACCAACAUUUUAUUAGAAAAAUUUGUGGAUGCAUAUUUUUUAAAGACAAAACAAUAGCAGGUCUAGACUACACUACCAUUGUAGUUUUGCUUCAGAGGACUUGUAAUAAGAUUGUUUUUGUAAGUCCCUUCUGCCCCUCCUAUAUCCUCCCAUUUUCACAAUCGUUGAUGUAGAAGUUUUGAGGUCUUUGGUAGGUAAUGUUAUUGAUGGAUAAUUGAGAGUAUCAAUGGUAUGUCUUACUGUCCAUUGUGGGUUUCCUCAUCUGUGCAAUAUGUAUCUGUAUUCAGGGGAUACCAUGCUUUUCUAUGUUCCAGAGAGUGAGAGAGAAAGAGAGCCAUUUUCCCUCUUAAUUUCAAUGUUAUGUGAGAAAACCCAUCUUUAUCAAAAAAUCAGAGAGGAUAAUUAUAAAAAAAAAAUGGAGAUCUCUUCUUCAACUUGAGGAAAUACCAUCACUUUGGAAUACAGGGGGAUAUUCUUUCUUUACUAUGACGAGAUCACAAUCACUAUCAAAUUCAGGGGAGAUAACCCUUCAGCUAAAGCUGUAUAUUAUGUAAUUGUCCUGUACCAAAAUAAACUGCUUUAUAUUAUAAGAUAUAGUACAAACAAUUUCUUGUUCUGUGGUAUCUUCCAGUUAUAAUUACAGCUACCUAUUUAGUCCAUAUAUUCCUAAUACAGUGUUGAUAAGUAAUUAUUUUCUGUAUCCUGCCUUCACUGUCUCGGCACAAAGGUCUGUAUAGAGAUCAGAUUAGGUGUUUCCCAUCAGGGUUUUAGAAAAGGUUUGGGUAUGGGAUGGGUGUAAGGGCUACUAAGGGAUAUUUGAGGAAUGAACUGGUUGAGUAUGUAUGUGGGUUCUACCAGUAUGUAUGAUGUUACCCCCCACAGCAGGCCUCACCUCAUAAUGUGUUAACUGUAUCGACCAUGUUUUACUAUUUACUACACUCAUCUACCGUAUUCUAAGAAUAAAUAAAACAAUAAAUGUUUUACACUUGUGA